AUGGAAAGAUUAACAGGAGAAAAAUGUGAGAACUUUUCUUAUUGUCUUCUUGAUAUCGAUUUUCCAAAAGGUUUGAGGUUAAUUAGGAAUGAAAAUGAUUAUUCCACUUUUAUAUCCAUUCUGUGUGAAUAUGGUGUUGAACUCCCAUUUUAUGUAGACCAUUUUGGCACUACUAACAUGCAAGAGUGGUUGGAUGAAAAAAGAGAGGAAGUGGUUGAUACUAUCCAUGAAGAAGUUGUUGAUGAUCUCCAGGAUGAUGGUGAAACAGAUGAGAUAUGGCAUACAGAUGAUAAUGCCAACCCUCAUUUUUUCAAAAAAGAUAAUGACCUAGAUUGUGAGAUAAGGGAGAAUAUAGGUGAAGGUGAACCUGUUGAUGUUGACAUGGGGGAGAAUGAAGAUGAUGAGGCUGAUGUUUCUACUGAUUUGCGAAAUAUUUUCAAUAAAGGGCAACCAUGGAAGGAGCCACAACCUGUGUUAGGUAGGGAUGCUAACAACGGCAUAUUCCCAAUUGCUUGGGUUGGUGUAUGUGUAGAGAACAAAGACAAUUGGAAGUGGUUUAUUGAUAAUCUUACUGAAUACUUGAACCUUCAAUGUCAAGGAUUUGGGGUUGUGCUAAUACCUAAGCAACACAAGGUAUGA